AUGACGCUGCUCGAUUUGGGGCUCGGAGCCGCCGCCGCCGCCGCCGGGCCGAGGGCGCCGCGGAGCAGUCUCCAGCGCAGGCUUCCUUACCGGGCGACCACAAUGUCCGAGUUUCUCCUCGCCUUACUCACUCUCUCGGGAUUAUUGCCUACUGACAAGGUGCUGACCGUGGGAGCCGACCGAGAUCAACAGUUGUGUGAUCCUGGUGAAUUUCUUUGCCACGAUCAUGUGACUUGUGUCUCCCAGAGCUGGCUGUGUGAUGGGGACCCUGACUGCCCUGAUGAUUCAGACGAAUCUUUAGAUACCUGUCCCAAAGAAGUGGAUAUCAAGUGCCCCUUGAAUCACAUCGUUUGCCUUGGUGCCAACAAAUGUGUUCAUUUAUCCCGACUGUGCAAUGGUGUCUCGGACUGCUCAGAUGGGUAUGAUGAAGGGCCGCAUUGUCAGGAACUAUUACCCAAUUGCCAGCAGUUGAAUUGUCAGUAUAAAUGUGCAAUAGUCAGAAAUAGUACAAGAUGUUACUGUGAGGAUGGAUUUGAAGUAAAAGAAGAUGGAAGGACCUGUAGAGAUCAAGAUGAAUGUGCUAUUUAUGGUGCAUGCAGCCAGACCUGCAUAAAUACCUAUGGAUCCUAUGCUUGCAGUUGUGUGGAGGGCUACAUAAUGCAGCCAGACAACAGAUCUUGCAAAGCCAAAAACGAACCAACAGAUAGGCCGCCUAUGCUAUUAGUUGCAAAUUCUGAAACAAUUGAGGUUUUCUAUCUUAAUGGCAGUAGAAUGGCAACCUUGAGCUCGGUCAAUGGAAAUGAAAUUCACACUCUGGAUUUUAUUUACAAUGAAGACAUGAUUUGCUGGAUUGAAUCAAGAGAAUCUUCAAAUCAGCUCAAAUGUAUCCAAAUAACAAAAACAGGAAGAUUAACAGAUGAGUGGACCAUUAAUAUUCUUCAAUCCUUCCACAAUGUGCAACAAAUGGCAAUUGACUGGCUUACCAGAAAUCUCUACUUUGUGGACCAUGUCAGUGACCGGAUCUUUGUUUGUACUUACAAUGGGUCUGUGUGUGUCACCCUGAUUGACCUGGAGCUUCAUAAUCCUAAGGCAAUAGCUGUAGAUCCAAUAGCAGGAAAACUUUUCUUUACUGACUACGGGAAUGUGGCCAAAGUGGAGCGAUGUGACAUGGAUGGGCUGAACAGAACAAGGAUAAUUGAUUCAAAGACAGAACAGCCAGCUGCACUGGCACUAGACUUAGUCAACAAAUUGGUUUACUGGGUAGAUCUUUACUUGGACUAUGUGGAAGUAGUGGACUAUCAAGGAAAAAACAGACAUACUAUCAUUCAAGGCAGACAAGUCAGCCAUCUUUAUGGUAUAACUGUGUUUGAAGACUAUUUGUAUGCAACCAGUUCUGAUAACUUCGGUAUCAUAAGGAUAAACCGGUUUAAUGGCACUGAUAUUCAUUCAUUAAUUAAAAUGGAAAAUGCUCGAGGAAUCCGAAUUUAUCAAAAAAGAACUCAACCAACAGUCAGAAGCCAUGCAUGUGAAGUGGAUCCUUAUGGAAUGCCAGGGGGAUGCUCACACAUCUGUCUGCUCAGCAGCAGCUACAAAACACGGACCUGUCGCUGCAGGAUGGGCUUCAACUUGGGAAGUGAUGGCAGGUCGUGCAAAAGACCGAAGAAUGAGUUGUUCCUCUUUUAUGGGAAAGGACGCCCAGGAAUUGUUAGAGGAAUGGACUUGAAUACCAAGAUAGCUGAUGAAUACAUGAUCCCCAUAGAGAAUCUGGUAAACCCUCGUGCUUUAGAUUUCCAUGCAGAAACCAAUUAUAUCUACUUUGCUGACACCACCAGUUUCCUAAUUGGCCGGCAGAAGAUAGAUGGCACUGAGCGAGAAACCAUCCUGAAAGAUGAUCUAGAUAAUGUGGAAGGAAUUGCUGUAGACUGGAUCGGAAAUAAUCUUUACUGGACAAAUGAUGGCCAUAGGAAGACCAUAAAUGUGGCUAGGCUGGAAAAAGCUUCUCAGAGUCGGAAGACUCUUUUAGAGGGAGAAAUGUCGCAUCCCAGAGGGAUUGUGGUGGAUCCUGUUAAUGGUUGGAUGUAUUGGACAGACUGGGAGGAAGAUGAAAUAGAUGACAGCGUGGGAAGGAUCGAGAAGGCCUGGAUGGAUGGCUUCAAUCGGCAGAUUUUUGUGACUUCAAAGAUGCUGUGGCCAAACGGUUUAACACUGGACUUUCACACCAACACAUUAUACUGGUGUGACGCCUAUUAUGAUCAUAUUGAAAAAGUGUUUUUGAAUGGGACUCACAGGAAGACUGUUUACAGUGGGAAGGAGUUGAACCAUCCUUUUGGACUGUCGCAUCAUGGGAAUUAUGUGUUCUGGACUGAUUAUAUGAAUGGUUCCAUUUUUCAACUAGAUUUGGUAACGAAUGAGGUGACACUACUGAGACACGAAAGACCACCCCUAUUUGGGCUUCAGAUUUAUGAUCCACGGAAGCAACAAGGUGACAACAUGUGCCGGGUAAAUAAUGGGGGCUGUAGUACACUGUGCUUGGCCAUUCCAGGAGGCCGAGUGUGUGCAUGUGCGGACAAUCAACUUUUAGAUGAAAACGGGACAACUUGCACAUUUAAUCCUGGAGAAGUCUUGCCUCACAUAUGCAGAGCUGGAGAGUUCCGCUGUAAAAACAGACACUGUAUACAAGCUCGCUGGAAAUGUGAUGGUGAUGAUGACUGUCUAGAUGGAAGUGAUGAAGAUGCAGUAAAUUGCUUCAAUCAUAGCUGUCCUGAUGAUCAGUUUAAAUGCAAAAAUAAUCGCUGUAUCCCCAAGAGAUGGCUCUGUGAUGGAGCUAAUGACUGUGGAAGCAACGAAGAUGAAUCCAAUCAAACAUGUGCAGCCAGGACAUGCCAGAUGGACCAAUUUUCUUGUGGAAAUGGGCGCUGCAUUCCCAGAGCAUGGGUGUGUGACAGGGAAGACGACUGUGGUGACCAGACAGAUGAAAUGGCAUCUUGUGAAUUUCCAACUUGUGAGCCACUAACUCAAUUUAUAUGCAAAAGUGGAAGAUGCAUUAGCAGCAAAUGGCACUGCGAUUCUGAUGACGACUGUGGAGAUGGCAGUGACGAAGUUGGCUGUGUUCACUCUUGCUUUGAUAAUCAGUUCAGGUGUUCCAGCGGCAGAUGUAUCCCAGGCCACUGGGCCUGUGAUGGUGACAAUGACUGUGGAGACUUCAGUGAUGAAGCCCAAACCAACUGUACCAGAGAAGAGAUUCGUUCUCCUGCUGGUUGUAACGGGAAUGAGUUUCAGUGCCACCCGGAUGGAAAUUGCGUUCCUGAUCUGUGGCGCUGCGAUGGGGAAAAAGAUUGUGAAGAUGGUAGUGACGAAAAAGGCUGCAAUGGUACUUUACGACUAUGUGAUCACAAAACCAAGUUUUCCUGUCGGAGUACAGGGAGAUGCAUCAACAAAGCAUGGAUAUGUGAUGGAGAUAUUGAUUGUGAAGAUCAGUCAGAUGAAGAUGACUGUGACAGUUUCUUAUGCGGACCACCCAAGUACCCUUGUGCUAAUGACACUUCAGCCUGCCUGCAGCCAGAGAAACUCUGCAAUGGGAGAAGGGAUUGUCCUGAUGGGUCUGAUGAAGGCGAUCUCUGUGACGAAUGUUCACUGAACAAUGGAGGCUGUAGCAAUCAUUGUUCUGUUGUUCCUGGAAGAGGAAUUGUCUGUUCCUGCCCUGAAGGACUUCAACUAAGCAAAGACAAUAAAACGUGUGAAAUUAUAGAUUAUUGUAGCAGUCAUCUGAAGUGCAGUCAAGUGUGUGAGCAGCACAAGCACACAGUCAAGUGCUCAUGCUAUGAGGGGUGGAAACUGGAUGUGGACGGUGAAAGUUGCACAAGUGUCCAUCCUUUUGAAGCAUUCAUCAUCUUUUCUAUUCGCCAUGAGAUCAGAAGGAUUGAUCUUCAUAAAAGAGACUAUAGUCUACUUGUUCCUGGAUUGAGAAACACAAUAGCACUUGAUUUUCACUUCAAUCAAAGUUUACUUUAUUGGACAGAUGUUGUGGAAGACAGGAUAUACCGGGGCAAGCUUUCUGAAAGUGGAGGGGUCAGUGCAAUAGAAGUCGUGGUGGAGCAUGGCUUGGCCACCCCAGAAGGACUGACGGUCGACUGGAUAGCAGGCAACAUAUACUGGAUAGACAGCAAUCUGGACCAGAUUGAAGUGGCCAAACUAGAUGGUUCCCUGAGAACUACACUAAUUGCCGGAGCCAUGGAACAUCCCAGAGCCAUUGCUUUGGACCCAAGAUAUGGAAUUCUUUUCUGGACAGAUUGGGAUGCCAAUUUUCCUCGCAUUGAAUCUGCUUCCAUGAGUGGUGCUGAAAGAAAAACCAUCUACAAAGACAUGAAAACUGGAGCCUGGCCAAAUGGACUAACUGUGGACCACUUUGAAAAAAGGAUAGUUUGGACAGAUGCCAGGUCAGAUGCUAUUUAUUCAGCCCUUUAUGAUGGAACAGCCAUGAUAGAAAUCAUCCGAGGUCAUGAAUACCUUUCCCAUCCUUUUGCUGUGUCUCUAUAUGGGAGUGAGGUCUACUGGACAGACUGGAGGACCAACACGUUGUCAAAAGCCAAUAAGUGGACAGGGCAGAAUGUCAGUGUGAUUCAGAAAACCAGUGCCCAGCCAUUCGACCUUCAGAUAUACCACCCCAGCCGUCAGCCCCAGGCUACCAAUCCCUGUGCGGCUAAUGACGGCAAAGGCCCCUGCUCUCACAUGUGUCUGAUCACUCAUAAUAGGAGUGCUGCUUGCGCCUGCCCCCACUUGAUGAAGCUUUCCUCAGACAAGAAGACCUGCUAUGAAAUGAAAAAAUUUCUCCUAUAUGCAAGGCAUUCUGAAAUCAGAGGAGUGGAUAUUGAUAAUCCAUAUUUUAACUUUAUCACGGCCUUUACAGUCCCUGACAUUGAUGAUGUUACUGUGAUAGACUUUGAUGCAUCUGAAGAACGUUUAUACUGGACAGAUAUUAAAACACAAACCAUUAAACGGGCUUUUAUUAAUGGAACUGGAUUGGAAACUGUUAUUUCAAGAGAUAUUCAGAGUAUCAGAGGGUUGGCAGUGGAUUGGGUCUCACGUAAUUUAUACUGGGUUAGCUCUGAAUUUGAUGAAACACAGAUUAAUGCGGCACGACUAGACGGCUCUUUGAAAACCUCAAUUAUCCACGGAAUCGAUAAGCCCCAGGGUCUUGCAGCUCACCCAGUCAGGGGGAAACUCUACUGGACAGAUGGAAACACAAUUAACAUGGCAAACAUGGAUGGCAGUAAUAGCAAGAUUCUCUUUCAGAAUCAAAAGGAACCAGUUGGUCUAUCAAUAGACUAUGUGGAAAACAAGCUUUAUUGGAUCAGUUCGGGAAAUGGAACCAUAAAUAGAUGCAACCUGGAUGGUGGUGAUUUAGAAGUAAUAGAGUCAAUGAAAGAAGAAUUAACAAAAGCCACAGCCCUAACUAUCAUGGAUAAGAAACUAUGGUGGGCAGACCAAAACUUAGCUCAGCUGGGAACCUGCAGCAAAAGAGAUGGAAGAAACCCCACAGUCCUGAGAAAUAAGACUUCCGGGGUUGUUCACAUGAAAGUGUACGAUCCAGAAGCCCAGCAAGGCAACAAUUCUUGCCAACAUAAUAACGGUGGAUGCUCUCAGCUUUGUUUACCAACAUCUGAAACUACAAGGACUUGCAUGUGUACAGUGGGAUAUUACCUCCAAAAGAACCGCAUGGCAUGUCAAGGUAUAGAGUCAUUUCUUAUGUACUCCGUUCAUGAAGGAAUCAGGGGAAUACCUCUGGAACCGAGUGACAAAAUGGAUGCAUUGAUGCCUAUAUCGGGAACUUCAUUUGCUGUUGGAAUAGAUUUCCAUGCAGAAAACGAUACCAUCUACUGGACAGACAUGGGCUUCAAUAAAAUUAGCCGAGCUAAAAGAGAUCAGACUUGGAAAGAAGAUAUCAUUACCAAUGGCUUGGGAAGAGUGGAGGGGAUAGCGAUUGACUGGAUUGCUGGUAACAUAUAUUGGACAGACCAUGGUUUCAACUUAAUUGAAGUUGCAAGACUCAAUGGCUCUUUCCGUUAUGUAAUUAUUUCCCAAGGCCUGGAUCAACCAAGAUCUAUAGCUGUGCAUCCAGAGAAAGGCUAUUUGUUCUGGACUGAAUGGGGACAGAUGCCCUGCAUUGGAAAGGCUCUCUUAGAUGGCUCAGAGAAGGUCAGCCUUGUAAGCAUGGGAAUAGCAUGGCCAAAUGGUAUCUCCAUUGACUAUGAGGAAAACAAAUUGUACUGGUGUGAUGCUCGUACAGAUAAAAUAGAAAGAAUUGACCUUGAGACUGGAGGGAAUCGUGAGAUGGUGCUGUCAGGGAGCAAUGUGGAUAUGUUUUCAGUUGCAGUCUUUGGGGCUUACAUCUACUGGUCUGACAGAGCACAUGCCAACGGGUCCAUCAGAAGAGGUCACAAGAAUGAUGCCACAGAAACUGUAACCAUGAGAACGGGUCUUGGAGUCAACCUGAAGGAGGUUAAAAUCUUUAACCGAGUAAGAGAGAAAGGGACCAAUGUUUGUGCUAAGGACAAUGGUGGAUGCCAGCAACUUUGUCUUUAUCGAGGAAAUUCUCGGAGAACUUGCUCUUGUGCCCAUGGAUAUUUAGCAGAGGACGGAGUUACUUGCCUGAGGCAUGAAGGCUAUUUGCUUUAUUCAGGGAGAACAAUAUUAAAAAGUAUACAUCUUUCUGAUGAAACCAAUUUAAAUUCACCAAUAAGACCAUAUGAAAAUCCACAUUAUUUCAAGAACGUCAUAGCCUUGGCUUUUGAUUAUAAUCAAAGAAGAAAAGGUACCAACCGAAUCUUUUACAGUGAUGCGCACUUUGGGAAUAUACAGCUCAUUAAAGACAACUGGGAAGACAGACAAGUAAUCGUUGAAAAUGUGGGUUCUGUUGAAGGACUCGCCUAUCACAGAGCCUGGGAUACACUGUACUGGACCAGCUCCACUACCUCAUCCAUCACCAGACACACAGUAGACCAGACUCGGCCAGGAGCAUUUGACAGGGAAGCUGUCAUUGCCAUGUCAGAGGAUGACCACCCACAUGUGCUAGCUCUGGAUGAAUGCCAAAAUUUAAUGUUUUGGACCAACUGGAAUGAACAGCAUCCAAGUAUCAUGAGAUCCACCCUAACGGGGAGAAAUGCACAAGUGGUGGUCAGUACCGACAUCCUCACUCCAAAUGGUCUCACCAUUGACCACCGUGCCGAGAAGCUGUAUUUCUCAGAUGGCAGCCUAGGAAAAAUUGAAAGGUGUGAAUAUGAUGGAUCCCAGAGAUAUGUGAUUGUCAAAUCUGGACCAGGAACUUUCCUCAGUUUGGCUGUUUAUGACAAUUAUAUCUUCUGGUCAGACUGGGGAAGAAGAGCUAUUCUGCGUUCCAACAAGUAUACGGGAGGAGAUACAAAAAUUCUUCGUUCUGAUAUUCCGCAUCAACCAAUGGGGAUCAUAGCUGUUGCCAAUGACACCAAUAGCUGUGAACUUUCUCCAUGCUCAGUAUCAAAUGGAGGUUGCCAUGACCUGUGCCUUUUAACUCCUAAUGGGAGAGUGAAUUGUUCCUGCAGGGGGGACCGCAUAUUGCUAGAUGACAACAGAUGUGUGAAAAAAAAUUCCUCCUGCAACAUGUAUUCAGAGUUUGAGUGUGGAAACGGAGAGUGUAUCGACUACCAGCUCACCUGUGAUGGCGUUCCUCACUGUAAGGAUAAGUCAGAUGAGAAACUGCUCUACUGUGAAAACAGAAGCUGCCGACGAGGCUUCAAGCCCUGCUACAAUCGCCGUUGCAUUACUCUUGGCAAGUUGUGUGAUGGGGAAAAUGACUGUGGGGACAACUCUGAUGAAUUAGACUGUAAAGUUUCAACCUGUGCCUCUGUUGAGUUCCGUUGUGCAGAUGGGACAUGCAUUCCAAGAUCAGCACAGUGCAACCAGAACAUAGACUGUGCAGAUGCUUCAGACGAAAAGAACUGCAAUAAUACAGAUUGUACAUAUUUCUAUAAACUUGGAGUGAAAGCCACAGGGUUUAUAAGAUGUAAUUCUACCUCACUGUGCGUCCUGCCAAAUUGGAUAUGCGAUGGGUCUAACGACUGUGGGGACUACUCAGAUGAAUUAAAAUGCCCAGUUCAAAACAAACACAAAUGUGAAGAAAAUUAUUUUGGCUGUCCUAGUGGAAGAUGUAUUUUGAAUACCUGGAUAUGUGAUGGUCAGAAAGACUGUGAGGACGGACUUGAUGAAUUCCACUGUGAUUCUUCUUGUUCUUGGAACCAAUUUGCUUGUUCUGCACAAAAAUGUAUAUCUAAACACUGGAUCUGUGAUGGAGAGGAUGAUUGCGGUGAUGGAUUAGAUGAAAGUGAUAGCAUUUGUGGCACGGCCACCUGUGCGGUCGACAUGUUCAGCUGCCAGGGCUCCCAUGCCUGUGUGCCGCGGCACUGGCUUUGUGACGGUGAAAGGGACUGUCCAAAUGGAAGUGAUGAGCUCUCAACAGCAGGCUGCGCUCCCAAUAACACAUGUGAUGAACAUGCUUUCCUGUGUCGUAAUAAAGUGUGCAUCCCUAGGCAGUUUCUUUGUGACCAUGAUGAUGACUGUGGAGAUGGCUCCGACGAGUCGCUGCAGUGCGCAUAUCGACAGUGUAAUGCAGAAGAAUUCAGUUGUGCUGAUGGUCGAUGUCUCUUAAGUACUCAAUGGCAGUGUGAUGGAGACUUUGACUGCCCUGACCAUUCAGAUGAAGCACCUUUAAACCCAAAGUGCAAAAGUGCAGAACAAUCAUGCAACAGUUCAUUUUUUAUGUGCAAAAAUGGCAGGUGCAUACCCAGUGGAGGUCUUUGUGACAAUAAGGAUGACUGUGGCGAUGGCUCAGAUGAGAGAAACUGCCACAUAAAUGAAUGUUUGAGUAAGAAAGUCAGUGGAUGUUCUCAGGACUGUCAGGACCUUCCAGUCAGUUACAAGUGCAAAUGCUGGCCUGGAUUCCAACUGAAGGAUGAUGGUAAAACAUGUGUAGACAUUGAUGAAUGCUCCUUGGGAUUUCCGUGUAGCCAGCAAUGCCUCAAUACAUAUGGGACCUACAAGUGCCUCUGUACGGAUGGAUAUGAAAUACAACCUGAUAACCCAAAUGGCUGCAAAUCACUCUCAGAUGAAGAACCUUUUCUAAUUCUUGCUGAUCAUCAUGAAAUAAGGAAAAUUAGCACGGAUGGCUCCAACUACACACUUUUAAAACAGGGAUUAAACAAUGUUAUUGCUAUAGACUUUGAUUACAGAGAAGAAUUCAUCUAUUGGAUUGAUUCUAGCAGACCCAAUGGCAGCCGCAUAAAUAGAAUGUGUUUAAAUGGAAGUGAUAUUAAGGUAGUGCAUAACACAGCUGUCCCCAACGCACUUGCUGUCGAUUGGAUUGGAAAAAACCUCUAUUGGUCUGACACAGAAAAAAGGAUCAUUGAAGUAUCCAAGCUCAAUGGCUUAUAUCCUACUAUACUCGUUAGCAAAAGGCUGAGGUUCCCCAGGGACCUGUCUUUAGAUCCUCGAGCUGGGUUUGUAACAUUGAGAAUCUUAAAGAUUGAAACUGUCUGUUACAAGAAGCUGGUGAAAGCUAUGGCUAGAGGAAAAGAGCCACACAACAAGAACAGUGGUCAUGUAGUGGAGGAACUCAGCCACUGCCAAACCACUGUGGCCGAAAACAGCUGUUCUCCAGACUAUUUCCAAUGUAAAACUACGAAACAUUGCAUUUCCAAGCUGUGGGUUUGUGAUGAGGACCCAGACUGUGCAGACGCAUCAGAUGAGGCCAACUGUGACAAGAAGACUUGCGGACCUCAUGAAUUCCAGUGUAAAAACAACAACUGUAUUCCAGAUCACUGGCGGUGCGAUAGCCAGAAUGACUGCAGUGAUAAUUCAGAUGAAGAAAACUGUAAGCCACAGACCUGCACAUUGAAAGAUUUUCUCUGUGCCAAUGGGGACUGUGUUUCUUCAAGGUUCUGGUGUGAUGGAGAUUUUGACUGUGCAGAUGGCUCCGAUGAGAGAAAUUGUGAAACAAGUUGUUCCAAGGAUCAGUUCCAGUGUUCCAAUGGUCAGUGCAUAUCAGCAAAGUGGAAAUGUGAUGGCCACGAAGACUGUAAAUACGGAGAAGAUGAGAAAAACUGUGACACAGACUCUCCUACUUGCUCAUCAAGUGAAUAUAUAUGUGCCAGCAGAGGAUGUAUUUCAGCAUCUUUGAAAUGUAAUGGAGAAUAUGAUUGUGCUGAUGGUUCAGAUGAGAUGGACUGUGUGACUGAAUGUAAGGAAGAUCAGUUUCGAUGCAGAAAUAAAGCCCACUGUAUUCCAAUUAGAUGGCUUUGUGAUGGCAUUCAUGACUGUGUGGAUGGCAGUGAUGAAGAGAACUGUGACAGAGGAGGAAAUAUAUGUAGAGCAGAUGAAUUUCUCUGCAAUAAUUCCCUUUGCAAACUACAUUUCUGGGUGUGUGAUGGAGAAGACGACUGUGGAGACAACUCAGAUGAAGCUCCUGAUAUGUGUGUCAAAUUUCUUUGCCCACCCACAAGACCUCACAGAUGCAGAAAUAACAGAAUAUGCCUGCAGCCUGAGCAAAUGUGCAAUGGGAUUGAUGACUGUGGGGACAACUCUGAUGAAGAUCACUGUGGUGGUAAGCUUACAUAUAAAGCAAGACCAUGUAAAAAAGAUGAGUUUGCUUGCAGUAAUAAAAAAUGUAUCCCCAUGGACCUCCAGUGUGAUCAACUUGAUGACUGUGGAGAUGGUUCAGAUGAACAAGGCUGCAGAACUACUCCUGCUGAAUAUACCUGUGAAGAUAAUGUGAAUCCGUGUGGGGAUGAUGCAUAUUGUAAUCAAAUAAAAACAUCUGUUUUUUGUCGCUGUAAGCCUGGAUUUCAGAGAAACAUGAAAAACAGACAAUGUGAAGACCUUAAUGAAUGUUUGGUGUUUGGCACAUGUUCCCACCAAUGUAUAAAUACGGAAGGGUCCUAUAAAUGUGUGUGUGACCAGAAUUUCCAAGAAAGGAACAACACCUGCAUAGCAAAAGGCUCUGAAGAUCAAGUUCUCUACAUUGCUAAUGACACUGAUAUCCUGGGUUUUAUAUAUCCAUUCAACUACAGUGGCGAUCAUCAACAAAUUUCUCAUAUUGAACAUAAUUCAAGGAUAACAGGGAUGGAUGUAUAUUAUGAAAGAGAUAUGAUUAUUUGGAGUACUCAGUUUAAUCCAGGCGGGAUUUUCUACAAAAGGAUCCAUGGCAGAGAAAAAAGGCAAGCAAACAGUGGCUUAAUUUGUCCUGAAUUUAAAAGGCCCAGGGACAUAGCAGUUGACUGGGUUGCUGGAAAUAUUUAUUGGACUGAUCAUUCUAGAAUGCACUGGUUCAGUUACUAUACCACUCACUGGACUAGUCUGAGGUACUCUAUCAACGUAGGGCAGCUGAAUGGCCCCAACUGCACCAGACUUUUAACAAACAUGGCUGGAGAACCUUAUGCUAUUGCUGUAAAUCCUAAAAGAGGGAUGAUGUACUGGACUGUCGUUGGGGACCACUCCCACAUAGAAGAAGCAGCCAUGGAUGGUACUCUGAGAAGGAUUUUAGUACAAAAGAAUUUGCAAAGACCCACAGGUCUGGCUGUGGAUCAUUUUAGUGAACGAAUAUACUGGGCUGACCUUGAGCUUUCUGUUAUUGGCAGUGUUCUGUAUGAUGGCUCUGAUUCAGUAGUCUCUGUCAGCAGCAAACAAGGCUUGUUACAUCCACAUAGAAUUGAUGUUUUUGAAGAUUAUAUAUAUGGAGCAGGACCUAAAAAUGGUGUGUUUCGAGUACAAAAAUUUGGCCAUGGUUCAGUAGAGCACCUAGCUUUAAAUGUUGAUAAAACGAAAGGUGUUUUGAUAUCUCAUCGCUAUAAACAACUAGACCUACCCAAUCCAUGCUUGGACUUAGUGUGUGACUUCCUGUGUUUGCUGAAUCCCUUUGGAGCCACCUGUGUGUGUCCAGAAGGAAAAUAUUUGAUUAAUGGUACUUGCAGUGAUGACAGUCUCUUAGAUGAUUCAUGCAAAUUGACUUGUGAAAAUGGAGGAAGAUGCCUAUUAAAUGAGAAAGGUGACUUAAGGUGUCACUGUUGGCCCAGUUACUCAGGAGACAGAUGUGAAGUCAAUCACUGUAGCAACUACUGUCAAAAUGGAGGAACUUGCAUACCAUCAACACUAGGGAGACCCACCUGCAGCUGUGCACUGGGGUUCACUGGACCAAACUGUGGUAAGACGGUCUGUGAGGAUUUCUGUCAAAAUGGAGGAGCCUGCAGUGUGACUGCUGGCAACCAGCCCUCCUGCCACUGCCAGCCUGAGCACACUGGAGACAGAUGCCAGUACUAUGUUUGUCACCACUACUGUGUGAAUUCUGAAUCCUGUGCCAUUGGUGAUGACGGAAGUGUUGAAUGCGUCUGUCCAACACGCUAUGAAGGUCCAAAAUGUGAGGUUGACAAAUGUAUACGGUGCCAUGGAGGGCACUGCAUUAUAAAUAAAGACAGUGAAGAUAUAUUUUGCAACUGCACUAAUGGAAAGAUUUCCUCUAGCUGUCAGUUAUGUGAUGGCUACUGUUACAAUGGUGGCACAUGCCAGCUGGACCCUGAAACAAAUGUACCUGUGUGUCUAUGCUCCACCAAUUGGUCAGGCACACAAUGUGAGAGACCAGCCCCAAAGAGCAGCAAAUCUGACCAUAUUAACACAAGAAGCAUCGCCAUUAUUGUGCCUCUUGUCCUCCUGGUGACUCUGAUAACGACAUUAGUAAUUGGCUUAGUGCUUUGUAAAAGAAAAAGAAGGACAAAAACUAUUAGAAGACAACCUAUUAUCAAUGGAGGAAUCAAUGUAGAAAUCGGCAAUCCAUCUUAUAACAUGUAUGAGGUGGAUCAUGAUCACAACGAUGGAGGUCUUUUAGAUCCUGGUUUUAUGGUAGAUGCAACAAAGGCCAGGUACAUAGGGGGAGGGUCCAGCGCUUUCAAGCUUCCACACACAGCGCCGCCCAUCUACCUAAACUCUGAUUUGAAAGGACCACUUACUGCUGGGCCAACAAAUUACUCCAACCCAGUGUAUGCAAAAUUAUAUAUGGAUGGGCAAAACUGUCGAAACUCCUUAGGAAGUGUUGAUGAAAGGAAAGAACUGCUUCCAAAGAAAAUAGAAAUUGGGAUAAGAGAGACAGUGGCAUAAUCAGUGAUACCUUUUAUAUGCUGUAUAAAUGUAUAAAACAUAAGGAUGACUUUUGUAUGUUCCAACAGUAUUUUUCUUGUUUUGGCAUCAGCAUUACCUCUUUCUUUAUCUUUUUCCUGGUUAAUUGUUUUCUGAGUUUUCUGGGUUUUAUUUUUUGCUGAUGACUAUUGAUUGACCAUUUGUAUGGUAUUUUUAUGAAAAAGGACUGCACUACAAUACAAUUUACAACAAUGCUGCUGAUAUGAUUCACCUUUGAAUUUGUUAAAAUUAAACAUAUUCCUUUGUAGUGUGAAUAUGAGCAAUCUAUUUUAUAUGAACUUUUUUGGUUCUACUUAAUCAACAAAGAGGAUCUCUGCACUUUUUCAUUGUAUGAUCUGAAAGCUGUAAUACAAUGUCAUUUUAUUUUUCCAUUUAAAUUGAUGGAGGAAUGAUUGGUCAACUCUCUUCUUUGUGCCCAUUAAGAUUGAUUCGGACUGCUGAAAAUAUCCAGCUCUCCCAAGUCCAGCAUCACCUGCUUUGAAAUUAGCCUUAGAUUGCCAUGUGAUAGAUGAGAAUUUUGAGGAAAAACUUUUAAAAAUAUAUAAAAUUAAUAAUGUGCAUGGAUACAUAGGACUACAUUUGCCAAAAUUUAGUGUACUCUAUGUGAUAUACUAAACAUAUACACCCUGUAAACAAUAGUUAUAUUUAGGUGGUAGGACAUAGCAAAAAAAAAAUAUAUAACCAGAAGUGCAAAGACCACACUUGCUAUGGGAUAAGACCUUUUGUUCUCCCUCAGUCUUGAUGUAAACAGCCAGCCGAGAGCACAACAGGGCACUGGGUACUCAUGCCUUAGGAAGUUCUUCCCAGUCAUGUGCAUUUUGUGGAAGAUAAACCCAACUCCUUACCAUACAGAACACUGAACAAUAAUAUAGAAGCACACAAAUUGAUAACAAUUUCAAUUAUGUGAAUGCAUUCUCUUUGCUAGGUCAAAAGGAAGAGGCAAAACAGCUAUUGCCAUAUACAGUACUUGGGAAAUAUUUUUAAUACACCAUAUGGCUAACCCAUUGUUUGCCCUAUUCAAAAUGUAUUCUUAAAGGACUUUCCAAGUUAUAGAAGAACAAUUAUCUGCCCCAACUCAAAGGUGGAGAGUAUAAAUGCUGACCAGUUACUCUGGUACUCUGGUUUUUUUGGUUUAUGCAAAACACACGGACCCCAUUCACUCUUUUGUUUGCUUGUUUUCAAAUUUUGAUUGAAAAAUGUACGAUUUAUUUAAGUUGUAUAAAAAAGGAUAGCAUUUUUAUACAGAUAUCUUUAAAGGCACAAAAGAUUUAUUCACAAGGUAUGGAGGGCUUUUUGUUCCUCUGAUAGACAUGACUGACUUUUAGCUGUCAUAAUGUAUUAACCUAACAGAUGAAAUAUGUUUGUGGUUGCUCUUUAUCCCUUUGUACAAGCAUUAAAAAAACUGCUGUUUUAUAAAGAGA